ACUAUUGGUUUCACUAAAAACCUUGUUUUGAUCUGGACAAUAUUAGAUUCGGAUUCGGAGGGGGGGCAGUGUAAACCUAUCAGUUGUGUUGCUGUGGACAGACCCUUGGGCCCAACGUUGGAGGAUGUUCUCAUGUGGAUAACUAAACAGAAGACAGGUGAUGAUAUUUCAAAAUGUUUGUUUUAUAAGCAGUUUGUUGGUCACAUUUUUGUUACUUUCAGUCCCUUCUUGACACUUCUAAUUCUACCCACUCCAACUUCUGUGUUACAUGAGAGUGUGAAUCGAAUUGAUGUUGGUUUUAUACAGACAAGAUUCGGAUUCGGGGGGGGGCAGUGUAAACCUAUCAGUUGUGUUGCUGUGGACAGACCCUUGGGCCCAACGUUAGAGGAUGUUCUUAUGUGGAUAACUAAACAGAAGACAGGUGAUGAAAUUUCAAAAUCUUUGUUUUAUAAGCAGUUUGUUGGUCACAUUUUUGUUACUUUCAGUCCCUUCUUGACACUUCUAAUUCUACCCACUCCAACUUCUGUGUUACAUGAGAGUGUGAAUCGAAUUGAUGUUGGUUUUAUACAGACAAGGUACCGAUGA